CUUGACGUCGAUGAUCCAAUUUGGCAGGAUGCCGGGCUAUUGGAAGACGAGUCUGCGUCCCCUCCAUGGCUUACCAACGACAAGGUUCAAAGCGGAAUACGCGCGAUGCUCGAAAGCGACCGGUGUAAAGAAGAGUUGGCGCGCAUAUCCAGGGAACGAGGAAUCAUGCAGAAUUGGCUUAGAGAAGAAUGGGCGGCGGUGGAUAUGGCUCAAACGAGCAAGGGUGAAUACCUGUGCCCAGGCAUGCUCCACCAACUUCAAGUCCGCCGAGAAGAGCUUCUUCAACUCGCCGUGAUCUGGCGCCGUCGAGUUAGCCACAUCUCGUCGAACGAACUACCGUCUGAUGCGUGGGGUCCCACCGACGCCGAGAUGGCAGCCGGUAUUCACGUCGAAUAUACGGAAUCGACUGCAGACCAGUUUCUGCCGCGAGAAGGUAUACUAUCCUCGGAGAACUCUGACGAUGAAGACCCUGAUGAC